AAAAACGGAGCUAGAUCUUGAUCCGAGUUUGAAGGAGUGGGUGGGUUAAUCCGGUCUCACAGCAAUCAUCCAUUUUUCCAAUGCUUGCGUCUCUCUUUCUCUCUCCUCGCACAUGUGUUACGGUUGCUAAUGCUUUUCUUGCCCCGCUUAACUGCCUUUUCUCUCCUCCUAUAAAAUUCGAUUAACCCAAAUUAAGAAAAACUACUUCCCUGGACGUUUCAACAAAUGCAGUUCCUCCUCAUUGGCAGUUGAUUUCAAGUUGCAUACUCUAUAAGGUUGUACUCAGCGACUCACAUUUUACAUCCCUUGCAACUGCUAUCAUCAGGUCUGAACUAUCUGUUUCUGAUGCAAAAUCCCUUGCUUUUCUGGUUUUGCCGGUGUUCGAACACUUUAAGUUCAGAUGAGAACAGCCCCAAUGUGUUACUCGAUCUUGCGAGUCCCUAGAUUCAGAGUUUGCUCUUUGGUUAAUGCAUGGUGGGAAGGCUCUGACUCUGUACGUCCAACAUGUAGAAAUGUAUCCAAUUUUAGGGUACUAAAUUCCAGUGUUGGUGGUCGUGAAAGAAAUGGAAGUUGGAGUCGGAGACCCUUAACAACUGCAGGUGAAGGAAUUAGCAAAAACUCCUUGAGCAGUGCAGCCAAUGUCAGGCUUGACUUAUCAAAUAAAGCAAUUGUGAAUACAACCACAGACUUGAAAAAAAGCGUAACUGAUGGUAGCAAUGCAGAUAUUCGACAACUGAUAGCUGAGAAUAAGGAUUUGGCUAGCCUUGCAACUUUUAUUGUCUUUGAUCUUGAGACAACUGGCCUUGACAGAAAAUCUGAAAGAAUUAUCGAGAUCGCGCUUAUGGACCUCGGUGGUGAUGAACACAACACUUUCAGCACUCUAGUUAAUCCUGAUCGUAAUGUCCUAAAUUCAGACAUCCAUAAUAUUAAAACCGAGAUGGUCAGAAAUCGUGAUGUUCCAAGGAUGGACCAACUUAUUCCAAUACUGCUUCAGUAUGUGAAAAGCCGUCAGAAGCCAGGGGGAUAUGUGGUGUUAGUCGCACAUAACGCUAGAAGUUUUGACGUUCCGUUCCUGGUUAAUGCAUUUAAACGACAUGGUUUUGAAAUCCCUUCAAACUGGUUUUUUUUGGAUACUCUUCCUUUAGGGCGUCAAGUACUGAAAGCCGCAGGAGUAACAACUGGGUGCCGGUUGCAAGGACUUCGUGAGCAUUAUGAAAUCCAAUUAGAAGGUCCAGAGCACAGAGCCAUGUCAGACGUGCUUGUUUUAUCACUGGUGUUUCAGAGAAUUACCUUUGAUCUCAAGCUUCCAAUCCACGAGCUUGUGCAGAAGGCUUUUACUGCUGAUGAAUUAACAAGUAGCAGCGCGAAGAAUAGAAGUGCAAAGAAUAGAAGUCCGAAGAAGAAAAAGGACUCAAGCUAGCUAGUUCUGUUCUUCCUUGUUGUCAUUACUACUGUAUCAUCCAUUGUUGUUAAUUUAUGUGAUUUAAUUCUUCUAAUUUUAGGUGAAUCACUCAUUGUAAUCCCAUUCUCUUGGGCAUUUAUAGAAAUGAAAGCAAAAUUUUAGA